AUGACGUUGCUUCCGCUUUGGGCACUAGCGGCUAGCGUGCCUGCCGUUUUGUUUAUCUUAUCCCGCGACGAUGCCUAUCCCGAUUCCCACAACAACCCUCCCCCCACCCACAGACCACCACCAAACUCCCUCUCCGCACCCUUGGCCACCCCCGUCACUUUGUUGCUAACGUCCGAUCGUUGGUCAGCACAUCUUGCAAACAUGGCGCGCCGCUCUGCCCGCCUGCAAAAGGCGCCAACCCCUUCGGCCGACACCUCGAUGAGAUCAGACGAUAGCUGGCACACGGCAUCUUCACCGCACACCGAGCUUCCCAUCCUUCCAGAAAUGCCAGAUCUUCCAGACCCGGGUUCCAAGAGUGCCCACAAGCCCACAGCCAACCGCGCGGCGUCGAAGCUCCCGCAAGUCGUAGCAACACCGCACAAGAACAAACCGUCCAAGGCACAACAGCUCGCUGCCGCCGCUUCGAGUCGCACACCCAAGGACCGCACCCCCAUCAAGCCCCCAGGCCAAGAAAUGCACCCGGCGCAUCAUCACGCGAGCACAGCCAAGGUGCUGGAUGAGGCGCGAUGGUUGGGCUUUCAAUCGCUCGGCGCACAAACUGCGGUUGGUGUUGUUGGACCAGGUACACCUUCAAAGACACCUGCGCCACCACCCGCGCAAAAGGCUAUCGAUCUCGAGUCGUCGCCAGACUUCCGCUUCCGUUUCAAGUCACCUUUUGCUACCCAGAAGGACUCCACGCAGGAUGAGGCUGGCUUGAGUCCCAGUUCGCGCAACAUCCUGCGAGAUGCAGCCAUCUCCGGUACUCCGGGUGGUGGCAGUCGCGCCAUCUUUGGCACUACGGAGUUCUCAACCAAGGCAGACGUGUCUCCGCAUCGUAAAAAGGCAGAGGCCAAGGGCAAGAUUGCGCGAUUCAGUGACGUGCACAUGGCCCAGUUCAAGAAGAUGGACUCGAUUGCGAACCAUGCCUCGGCUUUCCGUGCAGACCCUACUCGAUUCAAGCCCGUGGGUUCCCAGUCGCUCAAGAAGUCACUUUCCAAGACCGAUCUGGCGAAGAACGAGCCCAACAAGCUCAAGCGAACACAGUCAAAGGCGGAUCUUGGAGAGUCAAAUGCAACGGGUACAGGUGGUCUCAAGCGCACGCAAUCAAAGACGGACAAUGGCGAGUCCGUCAGCAAGAUACCCGCCACGCCUCUGAAACGCACUCAAUCCAAGAUGGAUCUCACAGGAUCUGGACUGCCGCGCGCUCAGUCUACUGUUCGCCUAGUUCCUCCUCCACGUGAUGGACGCCCGGAUUCACGCGAUGGAGGUGACAAUACAGCAGCGAAGCGUGUUAAGCGGACCGAGGUUGAUGAUGCGUCUACCACCCGUCCUGUCUCUAGUGAAGGCGCCCCUCCAGCCUCCAAGCCCACUGUUGCAACUCCGGCGCGUAAAAUCACUUCUCAGACUGCACUACCUCGGCUUGCGGCGAGGCUGAUGACUCCUACCAAGGCCUCUCUGGCUCGUUCGCAGAGCGCAAAGGUUGCGAAGACUACCACUGUGGUUCCCCCGUUGAUGAACUCGCCCUCCACCCACAACAACAUUCCCUCUCCGUCUCCUGUGAAGCUGGUCAAGGGCCCCUCCACCAACAAUCUCUUUUCUCCUACCAAUAUCGGCAAAGCCAUGCGGGAUGGAGCGCGUGAUAGGUUUCUCCAGCAGGCAAAUCGAAAUCUAGAGCGCGUUCGCUCCAUUCUUCGCACCCCUAGCCGCAAGUUCUCCAAUGACCCGACCAAGAUUGCCGCUGGAACUCACAUGUCGCCUCCACCAACUCUUCACAUGCCUGCCAUUCCAGCUACAGCACCAGUCAAGAAGCAUGUCAACUUCAGCAGUAGUACGCUUGGAGGCGUGACUCCGGAGGAGCUUGGUAAGUCACCUUCGCCGAUGAAGUUUAGAGCUGGUAGUGAGGUACCCAUGGGCGCUGUCAUCUAUCCCACUCUUCAGGCUGCAGAGGCUCAGUACCCCGAGACUUGUCAGGAGGAGCACACUCUGACUGAAUCUCCAUUAAGACGUCUCACGUUUGGUGGCGAGGCUGCUAACCACCCUCGUGAUUUCUCCUUUGAGGCUGGCAAGGCCGUCAAGUUCGGUCCUGUCUCCACUGGCACGAUUCGUAUGGUUCGUAAGAGUGAUGGACCGUCGUCUCUCGAAGGCAGGAAACGCAAGCUCGAGACGGUGCAAGAGGCGUCAGACAAGGAAAAUGACGAGCCUGCUGAAGGAGAGAUGCGCUCUGCCAAGAAGAUGAGGCCUACUCUAGCUGCUCCGCCAAAGACUCCUGCCAGUGCUAGCAAGCUGCCUCGUCAGACGCCGGGUCGUGGUCGUGGUGGCGGAAGUGCGAUCAGCAAGUCGCGCCUCAACUUCCUGGCCACACCCAAGCGAAACAAGGCUUGA